AUGAAGUGCAGUGCGUGCGGAAAGUUUAUGGCGGCGGUAGAGGGCGUUACGUGUCCUAAAUGCGAUAGAAAAUCACACAGGGCCUGCGUCAAAGUUCCUGAAGGUGUGCAGGUCCAACCUACUUGGUUGUGUCCGGACUGUAAAAUACGGACGCCCCGAAAGUCAGAUCAGAAUACGCCUGUGCGAGGACUUAAUUCCGAGAAUAUUAUCAAGCAAGGCGAAGAGAAACCCCAAAGCCCUGUGGUGCAAGGUUUCAAAGAGUCGGAACUAGCUCUUGAAAUACGUAAAUUUAGAGAAGAACUGCGAGAAACUAGGGAAGAAUUUAGAUCUUUCCGACAGGAGAUGUUUGAUUUGCGUAAUUCCAUAAAAUCGUGUGAAGAACGCCUAGAUACAUUAGAAAACAAAUACAUCCGUCUUGAAGAACAACAAACCCUAAUUGAGUCCAAAAACGUCUGCGGCAAAAUUCAGGAUCUCGAAACGAUUAUUGCGGACUUGAGAGCAGAUUUAAAUGAUCGAGACCAAGAGCUGCUGUACAAUGAUAUUGAAGUCGCAGGCAUUCCAGAAGAGGGCGCAGAAAAUGUUCUACACAUUGUGACUGCGUGCGCUACUAAGCUGGGCGUAACCAUAGAAGAGCGCGAUAUAGUGAGUUGUGUGCGAGUCGGUCCUAUGCGCGACGAGCAAAGUAGGCUAGCGAAGCCCCGUCCCAUAGUCGUGCGGCUGGCGCGCAGGCACACGCGGGACACUCUGCUGCGGGCCGCGCGCGUGCGCCCUCCUUAA